AUGCAUGACUCGUCGCAGGUCUGCAAGUUCUUCCUGGCCGGAAACUGCGCCUACGGGGACCAGUGCCGCUUCGAGCACUCCGGCGGGCGCGGCGACGCCAUCAGGCCAAGCUCGCGGCGGCCGCCGGCGGGGCCCGGAGGAGGCGGGCCGCAGUAUGGCGGGCCACCGCCGCCCGGGCAGGGGGAGUGGUCUGGGGGUGUCUACAAGUGGCCGAGUGGCGCCGACGAAUUCGGGCUGAUGGAGUCCUCGGACCCCAAUCCCAAUUGGGAUGAUUAUAUGGAUCCUGAGGAGAUGGAGGCGUUUGAGCUCUGGCAAAAGGAGCAGCUGGAGGGCGGGGGUGGCGGCGCCUACCCUGACGGCUUUGAUGGGGAGGAUCUGGUGGAUCCCUCAGACAUUCCGCUGUGCCAAGAGUACGAGGCGCACGGCGCCUGCGCGGGCGGCGACGAGUGCCCGCUCAUACACGGGGAGCAGUGUGAGGGCUGUGGCCGCUACGCCAUCCACCCCUACAACCCAGAACUCAUCGCCGCCCAUACCAAGGGGUGCGGCGGCGCUGCGGCUGCGGGCGGCGGCGACGGCGCGGGCGCGGCCGCGGCUGCCGAGGAGGGGGCGGCGGGGCAGGAGGCACAGGAUGGGGAGGACAGCGCGGCACCCGCAGCGGCAGCGGAAGUGGCUGCGGAGGCGGGCAAGCAGGAACAGACGGCUGGCGCUGCGGGGGGUGCGUCGGCCGCGGACGAGCUCGCGGCUGGCUUGGAGGCGACCCGGAUAGAGGGCUGA